AUGCAGGAGGGGAUAAACAAAAAGCAAACGUCGCUCUGGAAAGAAUAUCGACGACAUGCCGCUCCUGGACUUCGGGGAGCACCAGGAAACGUGUCUCGCUGGAAACCAAAACCCACGAGCGAUUCUGAGGGGAAGGAGGAAAAUCUAUCGCCACCCGCAUCUGCAGGAGCGAACUUAGAUGAGACCUCAGUGGAUCCUUGGGAAAUAGAUGUACCUAAUAAGAGUCAAGUGCCCUCUCGCAGCCCUGCCUCUUUGCCGCAUUCCUCCCUCUUCUUAUCACCUUCCUAUUCCACUUCAACAAUACCUCUGCCUAGAGAAAGAAACCCUGCCACUGAAAGAAGCUUUAUAGAGACUCCCUCAGAUUACCCACAGAAAGGUACACGUGAUCAACACCGGCAGGAGAGGGACACUGAUGCUUCUCUCCAGCACCUCACGAAUUUCAUUGACGUUGAUGGCCAAGCUGAUAUCGGUGAUGAUGAUGAUGAAGUUGGGUACGAGGAAUGCGUCUACUUCACACCGCCGUCGUUCUCUAUUUCCUCGGAGGACUCUGCCACGACCACAGAGCAGCCGCAGGAAGUGUUGGGUGAGGUGCAGCACGUGGUGGAGACGGUGCUGACGGUGCUAGUGAAGGACAUCAAUGACAACGCCCCGGUCUUCCCCAACACCACCAUCUAUGGCAAGGUGGAGGAAAACGGAGCUGCCAACCUUUCAGUAGCUGUCGUCGCUGCGUGGGAUGCUGACGACGCCUCUGAGGGGACCAACGCCAGACUCACUUACUCCAUCGAAAAGAACGUGAUUGACGAGCGUUCCGGUGAUGCCAUCUUCGCCGUGCAUCCCGAGACAGGCCUGGUGCGGACGUCCCUCUGCUGCCUGGACCGCGAGACCACCCCGGAGUAUCACAUCCAGGUGGUGGCGACAGACGGCGGUGGACAGAAGGGCACAGGCACGGUGGUGAUUCGCCUGUCAGACGUGAACGACAACUCGCCGCGCCUCGCCAGGAAGCAGUGGAAUCUGACGGUGCAGGAAACGUGGGGAGAACAGGAGCCUGAGAACACCACCCUGCUGGAAAUUGCGGCCGCCGAUAGAGACACCUCCAACUACUUUCACUACAGGGUAGUGAAGGAGAGCGGUUGGGGGUGGGAGCACUUCGGGAUCAGGACGGUGGGGGCGGUGGGCCAGUUGUACCCGAUCCGCAACAUGGACUACGAGGACGUGAGGCACAGGGAGGGAUUCAAGUUCAUGGUGCAGGUGACAGACAGGGGUCGAGGAGGCUGGACUGAUCCUCUUCAUCUAGACUCAGGUUGGAUCUCUGUUAAGCUUAAAGACGUGAAUGACAAUCCGCCUGAGUUCAUCCGCCCUCACGCUCAUGUCACGGUGAGAGAGGACGCCGCUCCUGGCACUCUCCUGGCCACUCUACCCGCUCAUGACCCAGAUAUGGCGGGAAAGCAGGAGGUAGACUACUGGGUGGAAGGCGGCUGGGGGGCGCUCAAAGUAGACGGUGAAGGGAGCGUGACUCUGUGGAGGGCGCUGGAUCGUGAAACACCAGGCGGCGCUGCUGGCAUGGCGCUUCUGGUGGCGGUGGACAGAGGCGUGCCACCGCUCACCGCCACCGCCACCCUCUCCCUCACCGUGACGGACGUGAAUGACUGCGCCCCCACCCUUCUCCCGCCCACUGUCUUUCACGUGCCCGAGGACUCCCCGCCUACCAUGCUCGGCGUACUCAAGGCAACGGAUAAGGACAUGUGGACGCUGGGUCACGGGCCGCCCUUCAAUCUCUCGUUAUCUCCCAGUAACCCCGACCAUGUCCUGGCCUCUGUGUCACUCAAAUUUGAUCCACUACUAGACAGUGGGCGGGGAGGGGCAGAGCUGUGGACAGUGGGCGGGCUGGACAGGGAGGAGUGGCCCGCCCUGGAGGUGAACGUGUCUGUGGGUGACGCCGGCGGAAUGUGGUCGUCCCAUAUCGUGGUGGUGGUGGUGACAGACCUAAACGACCACCCCAUGAAGCCCGCAGCCAAGACUGUGUACCUGUGGAAGACCCAGGGAGGUGGGUCUGAGGCGCCUCUGGGUCGUGUCUACGUGGAGGAUCCUGAUGACUGGGACGCCGCUGACAAGACCUACGCUUGGGACGGCCCUGCGCAUCCUAUGUUCUCGCUGCAUCCCCAAGAAGGCACGAUAUUCGCCGCUAGCAUGGUCAGGGAGGGAAGCUACGCCCUUCGGUUCAAAGUGAGCGACAAGGCGUGGGGUCAGGAGGACGUGGCGGCAAAUGUGACAGUAGUGGUGCGCGAUCUCAGUCCGGACGCCCUCGCCCACGCCACGCCGGUCACCCUGACGCCCACCACGCCAGAGCACCUCACUCGUGGAUGGACGCCAAAGGGAGGCGGCGGUGGCCUUGGAACAGUGCUGGAGGAGGUGCUGAAGGCGUUAGGAAACCAGAGCAACAACUACAAAGUACAGGUGGUGUCUGUGUACGGUAGUUCGUCUCCUUACCAUACUGACCACACAGCCCAGCAGCGCCUUGGCCAGCACAGCUACUAUAACUACAACAGACAUGCUGAUGAAGGUAAGGCAGGAGAGAAUGGCACUGGUGAGGAAGAGCAAGGAGAGGAUGCUGUGUACCCUCCUCCGCCUCCCUUCGCCUGCGUGUGGCUCAGUGUGGUGGCGCCUGACGGAGUGUUCCUGAAUCCUACCAGACUGCAGGGAAUUCUUGGCCUCCACGUGCAACAGAUGGAGGAGGCCACGAAGCUGCGGGUGAAUCUUGAGCCUCCCAAAGAAGCGGAAAGACGCCUGGAAGACAUGGACGCGUCUCUAACUGAUCUCCAACCUGGGGAUCCGUCCUCUGUUGCCUCUCUUGCAUCUACCACUCUCCCGCUGCAGGUCGUGGACGCCAAUACCACUUCUCUGGUCACCCCACGCCUCACUCGCGCCCUGCCCUGCCGCGCCCAUGACCCGGAGACUUGCACGCCUUCUUCCUGCCUCAACGGAGGACGCUGUCUGCCCACUUCUGCCGGCAACAGGUGCGUGUGUCCAGGCGGUGCAGAGGGUUGGCAGUGCAAGGUACUGGCACGGACCUUCCUGGGAUCUGGAUGGGCGUGGGUACCGCCGCCCCCACGCUGCCUCCCCACCACCCUCUCCCUGCGCCUCCUCACCCGCAGCCCACACGCCCUUCUACUCUACUCAGGCCCUAUGGCACCCACGCAUCGACCUAAGGACACUGCACCGACACCCAUGCUCGCCUUGCAGCUCAGGCAAGGCCGCCCACAGCUUUUGGUGGAAGGGGGCUUGGAGCCGAUGAAGGUAGAGGUGAAUGCCACUCUUACUGACGGAGAAUGGCACCACCUGCACUUCCGCCUCGAUGUUCAGGGCGUGGCGCUCAUGGUGGACCACUGUGGGCAUGGCUGGGAAAGGCCUAACCAAACCUACACCCACUGCUUAGGGCGCAGGGCGUGGGCGAACCCCUUGGGAUGGGGGGCGUGGCCAGGCUCAGGGCCACUGCAGGUAGGCGGGAUGGCACACAGGCCGCCCACAGCAGAGGAACACCGGUGGGCAGAGGCUCCUCUCCCACACCCACUCCACGGCUGUCUCUCCCAUCUCACCGUUAAUGGACAGCUUGUGGAUCUUGGACAGCCAGCUCAUAGCGGAGGUAGCACAGCCGGUUGCCGCCCUCAAGAAACCGCAUGUUUUGAGGAAGAGGGAGGGUGUGGCCACCGGGGGAGAUGCGUCAGCGGUCUCAACUACCCGGAGUGUGAGUGUCACCCUGGGUGGUUUGGUGUGGGCUGCAGUACACCCUCGCCCUCAACCACCCUGGGUCGCGGCUCCUACAUGCGUGUCGCCUUGUCCUUCACGCCGUCCCCCACGUCACUCAGACUACAGGCACGGCUGAGGACAUGGGGUAGAGCAUCAGGGGCGCUGUUACACGUGGCAGCGCAGCACCACGCCGCCGCCUUCACUUUACAUCUUCGGUCGGGCAUUGUGUGUGUAUCUUUGACCGGCGCGGGCGUGGGCCUGCGAGAGGCGUGCGUGGAGGGCCGCAGCGUGGGCGACGGGGCGUGGCACACAGUCUUCGGCGAGCGGCACGGUGUCAACCUGCUGGUUGGUGUAGAUGACGGAGACGGUUGGCGGCGAAACGAUAGCCUGGUGUCGCUGCAGGAGUGGCACGGGCGUGGGCGUGGGCGCGGUGAUGGCAGGGGUGAUGCAUUGCCUUUCCCACCACCUGUUCCCAUCCUAGUGGACAAGCACGAGGGGGUAACAGUGGGAGGACGGCCGAAGAGCGAGGGCGGCGAGGUGGUUGACGUGACGGAGGACCUGGCUGACGUUUGCAUCGAUGACGUGCGAGUGAAUGGCCGGCACCUUCCCCUCCCACCUGCGGCGAAUGGGACCAGCUGGGGACAGGUGACCACCGCUAGGAAUCUGACCCAGGGUUGUGUGACGCCUGACCCCUGUAUCAACGCCACCUGCUCCCCGCCACUGUCCUGCAGCGCGGCUUCAACCUGGGACCAACCCGCUUGCAGCUGCGGGUCUGGGCGGCUGCUAGUGGGGCGCCGCUGCGAGGACGUGGACGAGUGCCUGUGGAAUCCCUGUCUACACGGAGGCACUUGCACCAACCUACGUCCGGGGUACCUGUGUCUUUGUGGGCCCACCCAUGCCGGGGACCAUUGCCAGUGGAGCACACGCACUCACGCCCCCUCUGCCCUCACUCUUCCUGCUGUUCUCGCUGUCUCCCUAGUGGCGCUGCUGAUCCUCGUCUUCGUCGUGUCUCUUCGCCUACACCGGCGCGGAAGCCUGUGUAUGCGGAGCCGCUCAGAGGAAGAGGCGAGUGGCGGCAAACUAACGCUAAUGGAGAUGAAAGCAGGCAGAAGAAGAGGAGGAAGAGGAGUAGACGACCCAGGAGGGGGAGGAAAAGGAGAGAGUAGUAGAAGGAAGAGUCUCCAGAAAGAUAACUCCCCUGAUAGUUUUCUUGUGCGUCUUCGUUUAAAGUUUUCGGGUCAAGGAUCCUCGUCGUGUGAGGCGCGGGCAACGCGGAGAAGCUCAUCGGGCAGCAGGAGGGGAUCGGGCAGCCACAGAGGGGGCGCCUCUCCUCCCCCAGUGACGCCCGUAAUGGUGACUCCUGACCUAGCGCGGGACGAUCUGCGAGCUUACGCCUAUGAGGGGGAUGAGUCUUCCUCUGGCUCCCUCACCUCGGCCAUCGCAGAACUCAAAAUAAUCAGCGCAAGAGAGGAAGGGGACACAGGCGGCGGCGGGGAGGCAGCAUUAGCGGCAGACCUUCAUCCAUCCAGCUCAUCCCGGGGUUCCUGGAGGUGGUCGAUUUGCUAAAGAACCUCCCGGAAUCAUCAAGCGGGUCCUCAUCCUUCUCCCAGUCAAGCGGAAGGAUUAAUACGGAGGAUCAGAAGUUGCCAUCUGUUCCUCCCCCUCCUCCGCCGCCGUCAGGAGAAGCCGCUUUCCUGGUGGCGAGCAGCGUGGUGUCCCUGCAGCCCGGUGAGGGGAAGGCCAAGACGAGGAUAGGCAAGAUGUCCUCCCCAGCCCGGCGACAGAAAGGACAGGAGGCUGCGGAAAGCGAAGUGCUGUCCACUGUCUGCUGAGUGGGAUAAGUAGGAAGCUGAAGCCGGUGUUGAUGUCCGUGUGUGUGUAUGUGUGUGUGUGUGUGUGUGUGUGUGUGUGUGUGUGUGUGUGUGUGUGUGUGUGUGUGUUAAAGUGCUUAUGCCACAUGGUGUUAUACUUUACACAUUUCCCUUCUAACAAUUUUGAUUUUUCUCUCAUUUUUGUAUAUUUAUUCUCUUUAUUGCAUUUCUCUUCUAAGAAUUCAUUUAUCAUUGCUUUUCCUUUUUCUGUUCUUUAUUUCUUGCAGUAUUGAUGAUGUUCCCACGUCUACUACUACUACUACUACUACUACUACUACUACUACUACUACUACUACUACUACUAUU